GAGCAGAGUGUCAUUCGCAGUUUACUACCCUGCCCUCAUCUCAGUUUUAAACUUUAGACUAAAAAGAGUCCCUAUAAAUAAAUUUCAAAAUGGAAAAUAAAAUAAAAAUUGGAACGGCUCUCUUCUUGGGAAUCGUUUGUCUUUUUGCCCUCACCUCCGCCAAACUUGCCGACGAUCCAUUGAUCGCGGAAUGGUUGCGCGAGCAGAGAGAGCCCAUUCCUUAUCAAGAGGACGUAUUUGUCACAAUCAGAAACGGUACGAUCCGAGGGACCACGCUCCUUGACCCCAACAAUGCUACGAUGUACGCCUUUCUGGGCAUCCCUUACGCAGCCCCCCCUGUUGGCCAGUUGAGAUUCAAGCCCCCACAGCAGUACAACGGAUGGGGUGGUGAGAUCAGGGAUGGGACUCAGCAUCCUGACGCUUGCGCUCAGUUUUUGACCAACGUGACCAUUGCCAGCGAGGAUUGCUUGUUUGUCAGCGUCUACACUAAAAGGAGACAAGGAGACGGUGGGGCCCUUCCGGUCAUGUUUUGGAUUCAUGGAGGAGGUUUCCUUCUUGGACAAACGAGUUAUUACACAGGCAAACGAUUGCUAGCUGAGGAUGUCGUUUUGGUUUCCGUCCAAUACCGCCUCGGACCACUUGGGUUCUUGUCCAGUGGAAAUGAUGGAGUCAUUCCUGGAAACAAUGGAAUGAAAGAUGCGGUGCAAGCUUUGAGAUGGGUGCAAGAAAAUAUUGCCGCUUUCGGCGGUGACCCAAACCGCGUCACAGUUUUCGGAGAAAGUGCUGGGGCUGCAUCUUCCAUCUUUAUGCUGACCUCUCCACUCGCUCGAGGCCUUUUCCACCAAGUUGCUGCCAUUAGUGGCUCAUCCCUCGCCGAAUGGUCAAUGGAACGCAACCCGGUCGACACUUUGACGAAAGUUGGCGCAUUCUUGGAAUGCGACACCAGCAACACCACCACGAUCCACAGUUGUUUAAUGGACAUGCAAUGGGGCUUAAUCUCCCAGGCUCACUUUUACAUUCUGUUGGAGGACCAAGUCGCGAAUCUUCGAGCAAUCCUUCCCGGAGCCUCUAUCGUAAUCGAGGAAGACGUUCCCGGCGCAUUUUUGAUCGACGAACCCUUGAAAAUCAUGGAGAGUGGAAACAUUCCUCAAGUUCCAGUCCUUUUGGGAGCUAAUCAACACGAGGGCAGUCUCCUCGUGGGGAUGGCUUACGUCCUCAAGUUGGCGUCUUCCGGAGUUUUGGAUGAUCCAGUCUACGUGCGUGAUCAUUUAAUCGGCGAUUUACUGGCCACUUGGGACAUUAAUGAGAAUAAAAAUGGGGCUUCCAUGUCACAAGCACUUUCCCUCGGCUUCUUACCAGGAAACCCACGAACCAACUUUUCCACCUUUACCUAUGAGCUUAUCGAUAUGAUCAGCGUUGUCUUUCUGAAAGCGCCGAUCCUGAGAACAGCAGAUAUCCUGAGCCGAAAGGUCCCCUCGGUCUACCUCUACUCCUUCGAGUAUUAUGGCGAGAUCAGCUUGUGGAACUUGGUCUUCAGGUUGGUCGAAGAGCUGUUUGGAGAUCUUCUCCCAAUUCCAGAGUUCUCCGGAGGAAUCACCCACGCGGACGAUAUUCCAUACAUGUUCACCAUGCCUUUGAAUGCUACGGAAGCAGAUUUAAGAUUCUCCAAAGUUUGGUGUGAACUAUUCACCAACUUCGCAACCUUUGGAAACCCAACGCCAGUGGCCACUCCAGAUUAUGAGAUCUGGCCUAAAUAUACUGUCGAAGGGGCGUCCUACAUGCAAAUCGGUGCACGAUCAGUGGCAAAGACGGACUACGCUUCCUCUUGGAGACAAGGAGUUCCCGGAGAGAAAUAAAUUAUUUAAAUCACCUCUUGUAAAAGACAAUCAGUAAAUUGUUAUUGGAAAUCAAUUCGUAAUAAACCUUAAGUAUUACAAUACCCACAA